AAGGCUAUACGGUAGUGAAGUUCUGAGAUGCAGUUGAUUAGUUUAUUGGUACAAACCGUUCGGAGAGGAAGGUGAUUGAUGUUGAACUCGUUUUAAUACACGUGUUUUUCUAAGAUAUUAUAUUGUUUGCUGUUUGUUAUCAAUUUCACACUCAGAUUUACUUCCAGCUACGCUCAGGAGAGGAUCGUUGAAUUGUGCUCUCUUCCACCAAAGAAUCAUGGCGAGCGGUAAAUUAGCUAUUCUCAGCGUAUCGGACAAGUCCGGCCUGUUGGACUUCGCCAAGGGCUUGAACCAGCUCGGUCUGAAGUUGGUAGCCAGCGGAGGUACCGCCAAGGCCGUCCGUGAUACAGGUAUUCCGGUUCGCGAUGUAUCCGACAUCACGAGUGCUCCGGAGAUGUUGGGAGGUCGCGUGAAGACCUUGCACCCAGCGGUCCACGGUGGAAUCCUCGCUCGGGAGACUCCGUCAGAUUUGAACGACAUGAAGCGACAGAACUUCGAGUUCGUCCAGGUGGUGGUGUGCAACCUGUAUCCGUUUGGACUGACCAUCUCGAAGCCGGAUGUAACCGUCGAGGACGCCGUGGAAAACAUCGAUAUCGGAGGAGUUACGCUGCUGCGGGCGGCAGCCAAGAACCACAAACGCGUGACGGUUCUCUGUGAUCCCUCCGACUACGGAAAGGUGCUCGAUGAGAUCAAGCAAUUCGGAGAUACUACGGAGGCAACCCGGCAGAUGCUAGCGUUGAAAGCAUUCACCCAUACAGCUGAGUAUGACAAUCUGAUCUCCGAUUACUUCCGGAAGCAAUACUCGGCAGGAGUUUCGCAGCUAAACCUGCGGUACGGUAUGAACCCCCAUCAGAAACCUGCGCAGAUCUUCACCACUCUGGAGAAGCUUCCGCUGAAAGUCGUCAAUGCCUCGCCAGGCUUCAUCAACCUGUGCGAUGCCUUGAAUGGUUGGCAGUUGGUCCGCGAACUCAAGAAAGCCCUGGGUCUUCCUGCGGCCACUAGUUUCAAGCACGUAUCUCCCGCUGGAGCUGCCGUUGGAGUUCCGCUGACGAUGGAUCAAGCCAAACUGUGCAUGGUCGAUGACCUGUUCGACAGCCUAACGCCUCUGGCAACGGCUUACGCUCGCGCCCGAGGUGCCGAUCGUAUGUCCUCUUUUGGAGACUUCGUAGCCCUUUCGGACACCUGCGACUUGGCCACAGCCAAAAUCAUCUCCCGCGAGGUAUCCGAUGGCAUCAUCGCUCCGGGAUAUACCGAAGAGGCUUUAGAACUGUUGAAGAAGAAGAAAAAUGGAGGAUAUUGUGUCCUGCAGAUCGAUCCCACCUAUGAGCCUAGUCCAGUGGAGAGGAAAACCCUGUUUGGACUGCAGAUGGAACAACGGCGCAAUGACGCCGACAUCAACAAGGCCUUGUUCACUAACGUCGUAACGAAGAACAAGAAUCUCACUGAUGGCGCUCUUCGAGAUCUGAUCGUUGCCACGAUCGCUCUCAAGUACACUCAAAGCAACUCCGUGUGCUACGCAAAGGACGGUCAGGUGGUCGGCAUUGGCGCCGGUCAGCAGUCUCGUAUCCAUUGUACUCGCCUUGCCGGCGAUAAGGCCGAUAACUGGUGGCUCCGCCAGCAUCCCCGCGUGACUUCCAUGCAGUUCAAAAAGGGCGUCAAGCGGGCCGAGAUCUCGAAUGCCAUCGACAACUACGUCAACGGAACGGUCGGUAAGGACAUGCCGCUGGCAAAGUUCGAGUCCAUGUACGAAAAGGUUCCGGAGUUCCUCACCGAGGCGGACAAGCAGAACUGGGCCAAACAGCUGACCGGGGUAUCGCUGGGAUCGGAUGCGUUCUUCCCGUUCCGGGACAAUGUCGACAGGGCUCGAUUGAGUGGGGUUUCGUACAUCGCUAGCCCGUCCGGAUCGACGAACGAUGCCGGCGUCAUCGAGGCUUGCAACGAUCAUGGUAUUGUGAUGGUGCACACCAAUCUGAGAUUGUUCCACCACUAGAGGAGUGGCACAUUUUUUUUGCGAGCAGACUACAUGCUAGAUAGAUCUGAAAAUUUGUAACAGCAGUUGUGCCUUAUUCUUGAAGUACAAUUAUGUCGAGUUUAAGUAAUAAAUAUCAUUACUCUA